AAGCAGAAGCAGCUUGUCACUCCCCUGCUUGCACGUCGCCUCGUGCCCGUGACACCUUGGAACAAUCGCCGCGCAUUCCAACAAGGUGGACGUGUUGACGUGCGCGUGCGUGAGCAUCACGGCUCUGUGUGAUUUUCUUGGGGUGUUUUUUUGGGGGAGGGCGCGCACCCGAGGAAGGAACAAGGACAGGAUCGUUUUCUGCCUCUUUUUUUUUCUUUUCGCGCAGCAUCGUGUGCAGUUGCGUGCGCUGUGGGAAUAAUUCUUGCAUCCACGAGUGGGAGGCUCAGCAUCUAGUCAAGUGUGGACCCGGACGGGACCUGCUGCAUUGUCUUCAUCAUGCUCUGAGACCAAACGGCCCUCGCCAACUCACGUUUGUUGACAAAAACUGAGCGGAGAGAAGGCCGCCGCUGCCAUGGAAGUGAAAGAACGCCGACCAUACCGCUCGCUGACUUCGGCCCGUCAGGAGCCCCCCGAGAGGCGCUACACAAGCUCGUCGGCCGACAGCGAGGACGGCAAAGCCCAUCCGAGGUCCUACAGCUCCACCGAGACACUCAAGGCCUUCGACCACGACGCUCGCAUGGCAUACGGGAGCCGUGUCAAGGAGAUGGUGCACCACGAGGUGGACGAGUUUGGGCGGCCAGGUACGGAUUUCUCCCUGCGAGACCUCGGCUUCGGGGACGCCCUUCAGUCCGCCCACCACACCGUGUCCUACCGGGGCGAGAUGGGCAUGCCGCACCGCGAAUACUCGGUCAGCGUGGGCUCCGACGCCGACACAGAGACGGACGGGAUUGUUUCUCCGGAACACGCCAUCCGGCUGUGGGGCCGCAGCGGAGGUGCCGGCAACCCGAAGUCGGGCCGAAGCUCAUGUCUCUCGAGUCGGGCCAACUCUAAUCUGACGCUGACUGACACGGAACAUGAAAACACAGAGAAUGGUCCUCCGCUGCUUUGUUCCUCCGCCUCCUCCUCCCCUGUUGAGCAGCUCCCGUACCCUCCCCCUUGUGUCGCGGCCAAUCACGGCCAGGGGGGGUUGCUAGGUAACAGUGCGGCUCAGCCAGCCCGGGACUCGGAGUCGGAGGAUGAGUUUGGCCCCGGUUCAUUCUUAGUUAAAGCCGGCUCGGGGAACUUGUACGCCGCUGCUGCUGACGACGCCGUCUUUCAGAACCACCCGCGGCUCCGAACACCCCCUUUGCCGCUGUCCCACUCUCACUCACCCAACCACCUUCAGCACCAUGCCGCCUCCAUCAACUCCUUGAACCGGGGCAACUACACGCCGCGGAGCAACCCCAGCCCGGCGCCCACUGACGGCGGCUCAUCCGCACUCCCUGACGGCCCCGCGAGCGGUGGUGCCCCCGAUGCGGGCGGAGCCCAGGACAACUGGCUGCUCAACAGCAACAUCCCGCUGGAGACUAGGAGCCAGAAUACUCUAAUGUUUAUUAGAGAGGAGCAAGACUCUUGCAGAGAAGGGCAGGGCUCAUACAAAACCAGAAACAUUGCAAAGCAGGCAUUCCUUGAGACUUUACAGGACAACCUCAUUGAGAUGGACAUACUGGCGUCCUCUCGCCGCGACGCUGCCUAUAAUGACGGGCACUUCCUGUUCAAGCCAGGCGGAACUUCGCCCAUGUAUUGCACCACUUCGCCCGGGUACCCGCUGACCUCCAGCACAGUGUACUCGCCGCCUCCGCGCCCCCUGCCGCGAAACACCUUCUCUCGGCCCGCUUUCAACCUGAAAAAGCCCUACAAGCACUGCAACUGGAAAUGCGCCGCCCUAAGCGCUAUCCUGGUCUCUGUCACACUGCUGUUCCUGCUGGCGUACUUCAUCGCCAUGCACCUUUUAGGGCUAAACUGGCACCUGAAACCCACGCAGCGGCAGUUGUUCCACGUGACGGACGACAAUACGAGUGGCCCGCCAUUUCCUACCGACCUGACCUUGAGGCCGCUGGGCAACUCGGGCUCGGAGGUACCUGAUCGAAGGGGCAAAGACGACAGCAAAUUGGACAGCUCGUUCCUGGACGACAGCAACAUCGACAUGGGCGAGAUCGACGUGGGCCGUAAAGUCGCUCAGCAGAUCCCGCCCGGUGUCUUUUGGAGGUCGCAAAUCUUCGUGGACCACCCCAUGUAUCUCAAGUUCAACGUGUCGCUCAGCAAAGACGCCUUAGUGGGGAUCUACGGGAGGAGGGGCUUGCCCCCGUCUCACACGCAGUUUGACUUUGUGGAGCUCCUGGACGGCCGGCGGCUACUAGUUCGAGGACCCCCGGGGCUGGAGGGGCCAGCCGCCCUGCAGCGGAGCCCGGCGCUGUUAGCCACGCACGACACAGGGUUUAUCCAGUACAUGGAGUCCGGCAUCUGGCACCUGGCUGUCUACAACGACGGGAAAGAUACGGAAACUGUUUCGUUUCUCACUACUGCCAUUGAUUCCGUCGACGAGUGCCCCAGCAGCUGCUUCGGGAACGGCGACUGCGUGGCGGGAACGUGCCACUGCUUCCUAGGAUUUAAAGGCCCCGAUUGCGGGCGAGCCGCGUGUCCGGUGCUGUGCAGCGGCAACGGUCAAUACCUGAAAGGUCGCUGCAUGUGUCACAGUGGCUGGAAGGGUUCGGAGUGUGACGUCCCCACCAACCAGUGUGUUGACGUCACGUGCAGCCACCACGGCACCUGCAUCGUUGGCACCUGCAUCUGUAAUCCAGGUUACAAAGGGGAGAACUGCGAGGAAGUGGACUGCCUGGACCCCACGUGUUCUGGCCGUGGGGUUUGCGUCCAGGGCGAGUGCCACUGCUUCGUGGGCUGGGGCGGCCAAGGCUGCGAGAGCCCGCGGGCCUCUUGCACGGACCAGUGCUCCGGUCACGGCGCCUUCCUCGCCGACACGGGCUCGUGCAGCUGCGACGCCAACUGGACCGGCCACGACUGCUCUACAGAGAUUUGCGCGGCCGACUGCGGCGGCCACGGUGUCUGCGCGUCGGGCACCUGUCGCUGCGACGAUGGCUGGACGGGCGCCGGGUGCGAGCAGAGGGCGUGUCACCCGCGUUGCAACGAGCACGGCACCUGCAAGGACGGCAAAUGCGAAUGCAGUCCCGGCUGGAACGGAGAACACUGCACCAUCGCUCACUAUCUGGAUAGGGUAGUGAAAGAGGGUUGUCCUGGCCUGUGCAACGGUAACGGCAGAUGUACCCUGGGUUCCGGCGGCUGGUACUGCGUUUGCCAGCUGGGCUGGAGGGGCAGCGGUUGCGACACCUCCAUGGAGACGGCGUGCGGCGACGUCAAGGACAACGAUGGAGACGGCCUCAUGGAUUGCAUGGAUCCGGACUGCUGUCUCCAGUCAAGUUGUCACAGUACCUCGCUGUGCGUGGGCUCACCGGACCCCCUGGACAUCAUCCAGGAGACGCAGCUGUCGGCGGGUGAGCGGGGCAAGUCGCAGAGCUUCUACGAUCGCGUUCGCUUCCUGGUGGGCCGCGAGAGCACCCACGUGGUGCGUGGCCCCAGCCCCUUCGACGCCAAGCACGCUUGCGUCAUCCGUGGACAAGUGGUGACCUCGGACGGAACGCCGUUGGUGGGCGUCAACAUCAGCUUCAUCAACAAACCGGCGUUCGGGUACACCGUCACCAGGCAGGAUGGAAGUUUCGACUUGGUGACGGACGGAGGCAUCGCCGUGGCCCUGCACUUUAAGCGCGCCCCCUUCAUCACACAGGAGCACACCCUUUGGCUGCCGUGGGGCCGCUUCUUCGUCAUGGACACGGUGGUCAUGCGCCACGAGGAGAACGACAUCCCCGGCUGCGACCUCAGCAGCUUCGCCCGACCCGGCCCUAUCGUCACGCCUGCGCCGCUCACCGCCUUUGCCGGCUCCUGCGCCGAGAGGGGGACGGUGGUGCCUGAAAUCCAGACAUUGCAGGAGGACGUCCUCAUCCCUGGUACCGACAUGAAGCUGAGCUACCUGAGCAGCAGGACGGCGGGCUACAAGUCUAUCCUGAGGGUGACCCUGACGCACAUGACCAUCCCGUUUAACCUGAUGAAGGUGCACCUGAUGGUAGCGGUGGAGGGCCGACUCUUUAGGAAGUGGUUCCCCGCCGGGCCCAACUUGCUGUAUGACUUUGUAUGGGACAAGACCGAUGUCUACGGCCAGAAGGUCUACGGCCUGUCCGAAGCUUUUGUGUCUGUGGGUUUCGAGUAUGAAUCAUGUCCUGACCUGAUCUUGUGGGAGAAGAGGACGGCUGUUCUUCAGGGCUAUGAGAGCUCGGCCUCCAAACUGGGCGGUUGGACUGUCGACAAGCACCACGCUUUGAACAUACAGAGCGGUGUUCUUCACAUGGGCAACGGAGAGAACAUUUUUAUCUCGCAACAACCGCCCGUCAUCGGCAGCGUGAUGGGCAACGGUCGGCGCCGAAGCAUCUCCUGCCCCAGCUGCAACGGCAUGGCCGACGGCAACAAGCUGCUGGCCCCGGUGGCGCUGGCGUGCGGGUCUGACGGGAGCCUCUACGUGGGCGACUUCAACUACGUGCGGCGGAUCUACGCCACGGGCAAUGUCACUAGCGUGUUGGAGCUCAGAAAUAAAGACUUCCGGCAUAGCAACAGUCCGGCCCACAAGUACUACUUGGCCAGCAGCCCAGUGAACGGCGCCGUGUACCUGUCGGACACCAGCAGCCGCAAAGUCUUCAAGGUCAAGUCCUUGAACGCGCCCAAGGACGUUGCCAAGAACGUGGAGGUGGUGGCCGGCACCGGAGAUCAGUGCUUGCCAUACGAUGACGCCCGCUGUGGGGACGGGGGCAAAGCGACCGAGGCCACGCUGACCAAUCCGAGAGGCAUCACGGUAGACAAAUACGGAAUCAUCUUUUUCGUGGACGGCACCAUGAUUCGUCGGGUGGACCAGAACGGCGUCAUCUCCACCCUCCUUGGCUUCAACGACCUCACCUCCGCCCGACCCCUAAGCUGCGACUCGGUCAUGGACAUCUCUCAGGUCCGACUGGAAUGGCCCACAGACCUUGCAGUCAGCCCCCUGGACAACUCUCUGUACGUUCUGGACAACAACGUGGUGCUCCAGAUCUCCGAGAACCACCAAGUGCGCAUCGUGGCGGGCAGGCCCAUGCACUGCCAAGUUCCAGGCAUCGAUCACUUCCUCAUGAGCAAGGUGGCCAUCCACGCAACGCUGGAGUCAGCCAACACGCUUGCUGUGUCCCACACCGGCGUGCUGUACAUCGCCGAGUCAGAUGAGAAGAAGAUCAACCGGGUGCGGCAGGUGUCCACCAACGGAGAGAUCUCCCUGGUGGCGGGGGCGCCGAGUGGUUGCGACUGCAAGAACGACGCCAACUGCGAUUGUUACUCCGGAGACGAGGGCUAUGCUAAGGAUGCCAAGCUAAACGCGCCAUCCUCCUUGGCCGUCUGCCCGGACGGAGAGCUUUACAUCGCUGACUUGGGCAAUAUCCGCAUCCGCUACGUGCGCAAGAACAAGCCUUACCUGAGUCCCCUCAACAUGUACGAAGUGUCGUCGCCCAUCAACGACGAACUCUACCUCUUCGACGCCAACGGUAGCCACGUGUUCACUCAAAGCCUGACCACUGGUGACCACCUGUACAACCUGACGUACACGGGAGCAGGUGACUUGAGCACUAUCACGGACAAGAAUAAGAACGUGGUGACCGUCAGAAGGGACACCACCGGGAUGCCCCUGUGGAUCAUGGUGCCCGACGGGCAGACCUUUUGGUUCACCAUGGGCACCAACAGCGCCCUGAAAAGUGUGGCGGCACAGGGCCAGGUGCUCGCUGUCAUGACGUACCACGGGAGCUCUGGCCUGCUUGCCACCAAAACCAACGAGGACGGGUGGACCACCUUCUUUGAGUACGACAGUUUCGGCCGUCUGACCAACGUCACUCACCCAACAGGCCGCGUGAGUAGCUACCGCUCAGACACUGACAGCGCCGUCCAUGUCCAGGCAGAGGGCGCCGCCAAGGAAGACGUGACGGUCACUACCAACCUGUCGGCCUCGGGCACCUUCUACACGCUCAUGCAGGAUCAAGUACGCAACAGCUACUUCAUCGGCCUGGAUGGCUCCUUGCGGCUGGCCUUGGCGAACGGCAUGGAGGUGUCUCUACACACAGAACCCCAUCUGUUAGCCGGUACGGUUCACCCCACAGUUAGCAAGCGCAACAUCACGCUAGCCUUGGACAACGGCCUCAACCUGGUGGAGUGGAGACAACGGAAGGAGCAGGCUCGGGGUCAAGUCACCGUCUACGGACGCAGGCUACGGGUUCAUAACAGAAACUUGUUGUCGCUGGACUUCGAUCGAAUCACCAGGACUGAAAAGGUCUACGAUGACCACAGGAAAUUUACGCUGCGAAUCCAUUACGACCAUGCCGGGCGGCCCACUCUCUGGGCCCCGAGCAGCCGACUGAAUGGAGUCAACGUGACCUACUCUGCCGGGGGACACGUUGCGGGCAUUCAGAGAGGCACCAUGUCGGUACGCAUGGACUACGACCAUAAAGGCAGGAUCACCUCCAAGAUGUUUGCAGAUGGCAAAUCAUGGAGCUACACUUAUCUAGAGAAGUCUAUGGUGCUGCUACUCUACAGCCAGAGACAGUACAUCUUCGAAUUCGACAAGAAUGACCGUCUCUCAUCUGUGACCAUGCCCAACGUGGCGCGUCAGACCCUGGAGACGGCGCUCUCCAUCGGCUACUACAGAAACACAUACCGGCCUCCCGAGGGUAACGCCUCAGUGUUGCAGGACUACAGCGAGGAAGGCCAAUUGCUGCAGACCACCUACCUCGGCACGGGCCGUCGGAUUAUCUACAAGUACGGAAAACUGUCCAAACUUCUAGAGAUUCUUUACGACACAACCCGCAUCGGCUUCUCCUACGACGAGGUGGCCGGUAUGCUCAAGACGGUCAACCUGCAAAGCGAGGGCUUUACCUGCACCAUCCGCUACCGCCAGAUCGGGCCACUGAUUGACCGUCAGAUUUUCCGCUUCAGCGAAGAGGGCAUGGUCAAUGCCCGAUUUGACUACGUCUAUGACAACAGCUUCCGCGUCACCAGCAUGCAGGCGGUCAUCAAUGAAACGCCGCUGCCUAUUGACCUGUACCGCUACGAUGACGUUUCGGGCAAGGCGGAACAGUUUGGAAAGUUUGGCGUCAUCUACUAUGACAUCAAUCAGAUCAUCACCACAGCAGUUAUGACACACACCAAACACUUUGACGCUUAUGGUCGCGUGAAAGAGGUGCAGUAUGAAAUCUUCCGCUCCCUCAUGUACUGGAUGAUGGUGCAGUACGACAACAUGGGUCGCGUGGUUGCCAAGGAACUGAAGGUGGGACCUUAUGCAAACACCACGCGCUACACGUACGAGUACGACUCGGAUGGCCAACUCCAGGUGGUCUCCAUCAACGACAAGCCUCUGUGGCGCUACAGUUACGACCUCAACGGCAACCUGCACCUUCUGAGCCCGGGCAACAGCGCUCGCUUAACUCCAUUACGUUACGACAUCAGGGACCGUAUAACUCGCUUGGGGGAUGUCCAGUACAGGAUGGAUGAAGACGGUUUUCUCCGGCAGAGAGGCAAUGACUACUUUGACUAUAACUCGGCCGGACUUCUAGUGAAGGUGUACAACAAAGCGAGCGGCUGGAAUAUCCGCUACCGCUACGACGGCUUGGGCCGGAGGGUGUCCAGCCGGAGCAGCGUGGGCCACUACCUGCAGUUCUUCUACGCAGAUUUAUCCAGCCCUACGCGGAUCACCCAUAUGUACAACCAUACAAGCUCUGAGAUCACGUCGCUGUACUACGACCUACAGGGCCAUCUGUUCGCCAUGGAGCUGAGCAGCGGCGAUGAGUUCUACGUAGCCUGUGACAACAUCGGCACACCUCUGGCCGUCUUCAGCGGCUCGGGCCACAUGAUCAAGCAGGUGCUCCACACAGCGUUCGGUGAGGUCUACCUGGACACCAACCCCAGCUUCCAGGUCAUCAUCGGCUAUCAGGGUGGUCUGUAUGAACCCCUCACCAGACUGGUGCACAUGGGUCGCAGGGACUACGACGUCUUGGCCGGGCGCUGGACCACGCCUGACCAUGAUGUUUGGAAACGUCUCAACAGCGGCCACAUUGUCCCGUUCAACUUGUACAUGUUCAAAAACAACAACCCGCUCAGCAACAACGAAGAGAUCAAAUGUUACAUGACGGACGUCCACAGUUGGCUGGUGACCUUCGGCUUCCAGCUGUACAACGUCAUCCCCGGCUACCGCAAGCCAAACACGGACACGGUGGAGCCGUCCUACGAACUGCUCCGAACGCAGAUCAAGACCCAGGAGUGGGACAGCACCAAGUCGCUGCUGGGUGUUCAGUGUGAAGUUCAGCGUCAGUUGAAAGCCUUCGUGAAGUUGGAGCGCUUCGGCCAGAUCUACGAUGCCAAAAGCGCCGGCUGCCCCCAGACUGAGCCCAAAACGGCAUUUGCCUCGGCGGGCUCCAUCUUUGGCAAGGGCGUCAAGUUCUCCAUCCGCGACGGCCGCAUCAGCACGGACAUCAUCAGCCUGGCUAACGAGGACGGGCGUCGCAUGGCCGCCGUGCUGAACGACGCCUUCUACCUGGAAGCGCUUCGCUACACGAUCGCCGGCGUGGACACGCACCACUUCGUCAAGCUGGGCUCGGUGGAGGGCGACCUGGGCCUCAUCGGCAUGGCGGUGGGCCGCCGCACGCUGGAGAACGGCGUCAACGUGACGGUGUCGCAGGUCAAUGCCGUGCUCAACGGCCGCACUCGCCGUAUCACCGACAUCCAGCUGCAGUACGGCGCGCUUAGCCUCAACACGCGAUACGGCAGCAGCGUGGACGAAGAGAAGGCACGGCUGCUGGAGGCGGCGCGUCAGCGGGCCGUGGCGCAGGCGUGGGCCCGAGAACGCCAGAGACUACGCGACGGCGAAGAGGGCUCGCGCACCUGGACCGAGGGCGAGAAGCAGCAGCUGCUGGGCUCGGGGAAAGUGCAGGGCUACGACGGCUUCUACGUGGUGUCGGCCGAGCAGUACCCCGAGCUGGCCGACAGCGUCAACAACGUCCACUUCAUGAGACAGAGCGAAAUGGGCCGCAGGUGACAUGAACGCGCUACGCGGCGCGACGGACUCGCGUGGACCACAGCGGACCUCUUGCCAAAGACGCUUCGGUACGCCGCCGUAUUGGUUAUUUGUGUGUGCAACUUGAUUUGGAAUAGAAAAGAUCACAAAAAAAAAAAAAAAACAUGGACUUGCAGUCUAUCCGGGUUGUCAUUUGUUCUUUCCAUUUUUUUCAUAUAGAAAUGAAAAUCCCAAAAUAUAAUGCAAAAACAUUUUCGGUGUGUAAUUGAAUUUUAGUAUUUUUUUGGACUACAAGUCGCACCUUAGUAUAGCUCGCACAAGCCAAAGUAUGCACAAAGAAGAGGGGGGAAAAAACCGUCACAUUUUUAUUUAUCAGAAACCAAGUAUAAACAUUGUCCAUUGAAGUAUUAUUGGUAAAAUGGAGAUAAACAGGCUAAAUAGGCAUCUGUAACAUAAAAACAUAACAAUCUUGCCACUGUCAGAGUGAAAAGAACAUAAUGACUGAGUAUAAGUCAAAGUGUCAAACUGUGAGGAAAUUGCGACUUAUAGUCCAGAAAAUACGGUGCACUGAGGUUAAUUUGUGGCAGAUCAUUUGGGCCUUUUAAAGCGACACAAAACCACAAAUACUGUAUUGGCCCGAAUACAAGACGGUGUUUUUUGCAUUGAAAUAAGACUGAAAAAUAGGGUGUUAUCUUAAAUUCGCGGUCUAGACGUUAUACCCAUUCACGACGCUAGAUUGCGCCAGAUAUCAUUGAAGCCUUGUUCUGUCAUGACUAGGGCUGUCAAAUGAUUAAUAUUUUUAAUCGAGGUAAUCACAGCUUAAAAAUUAAUUAAUCGUAAUUAAUCGCAAUUCAAACCAUCUAUAAAAUAUGCCUUAUUUUUCUGUAAAUCAUUGUUGGAAUGCAAAGAUACGACACAAGAUGGAUAUAUACAUUCAACAUACUGUACAUAAGUACUGUAUUUGUUUAAAGCGAUCCAUGGAUAGAAAGACUUGUAGUUCUUAAGAUAAAUUUUAGUUCAAGUUAUAAAAAUUUUAUAUUAAAACCCCUCUUCAUGUUUUUGUUUUAAUAAAAUUUGUAAAAUUUUCAGUCAAAAAAUAAACUAGUAGCUCGCCAUUGUUGAUGUCAAUAAUUACACAGUGCUCAUGGUGCUGAAACCCAUAAAAUCAGCCGCACCCAAGCGCCAGCAGAGGGCGAUAAAACACCAAAAAACACAAGUAACAAGUGGACAUGACUGUGCUGUCAUUUUAAUCGGUUCAAACGGGGCAUGUGCGUUAAAUGCGUCAAAUAUUUUAACGUGAUUAAUUGAAAAAAAUUAAUUACCGCCCGUUAUCGCGAUAAUUUUGACAGGCCUAAUAUAUACCCAAAAAAUGUAUGUUAAAAAUAGGUGGGGGGGCGUGACCCUAUUUCACAGUUUUUCCACUUUAUGCGAUUGGUGCAUAAAAUCAGUCGCACCCAAGCGCCAGCAGAGGGAGACAAAAACACAAGUAACAAGUGGACAUGACACUCUGCUGUCAUUUUAAUCUGUAUGAGCGCGGCAUGUGUGUUAAUUGCGUCAAAUAUUUUAACGUGAUUAAUGAAAAAAAUUAAUUACCGCCGGUUAACGCGAUAAUUUUGACAGCCCUAGUGAUGACAGAUCUCAGCUACUCUCAGGUAUUGCAUCAUUUUAUUGCAAUGUUUUUCUUUAUUCAGAUUUUUUUCAAGACUACAGUUACAGUUAGACUUCACUUUGAUGGUUAAUGCAGAUAUUGCAAUUUUUUAUUUUUUUUUAUCACAAUACAUUGGUUUAUUUACAUUUAAAAACCAGAAACCAUUCAUUUAUGAAUGUGAUUGCCCUUUAGUUUACAUAUUUAAAUGUUCAGAUAUUAAGAUUUGAAUGAGGCAAAAUAACAUGCUUUUUCUCUCACAUAUAUUGUUAGAAUCAUUUGUUUCGGAUGUACUGUAAUUAUUUUCUGUAUAAAAAUUAAUUGGGUGUUCAAAAAGUCUUUUUUCAAACAAGUCUUGAAAAAGAGGGGGUCUUCUUAUAAUCAGGGCCGUCUUAUAUUCGGACCAAUACGGUAUAUCUUUUCAUGGGACUGACAAAAUGAAACUUUGACAGAAUAAAAAGUAGUCUGUGUGCAGCUUAUGUAAUAGAGUUCAUUUAUUUUCCCCUCAAAAUUUAGCCAUUAAUAUUUGUCAUUUUCCCUUCAAAAUGUCCCGUGACUCGUUACAGGAGUGCUGUCAGCAUUGCUGCAGAGAUUGAAGAGGUGGGGGGGUCAGCCUGUUAGUGCUCUGACCAUACGCCGCACUCUACAUCAAAUUGGUGUGCAUGACUGUCACCCCACGAGGAAGCCUCUUCUGAAAACUGUACACAUGAAAGCCCGCAAACAGUUUGCGAAGACAUGUCAACAGAGCACAUGGAUCACUGAAACCAUGUCCUAUGGUCUGAUGCAGUGUUUUUCAACCGGUGUGCCGCGGCACACUAGUGUGCCGUGAGAGAUUGUCAGGUGUGCUGCGAGAAAUUAUCCAAUAUUGCAUUUAUUGCAAGGAAAGACUAGGUAGAAAGUUAAGGUUGUUUGCAGAUGAGCGAGGUAUUGCUCGUGUCACGUUAAAGAACUGCUGUGAUUUCUAUCCAUCAGCCACCUUGCUGUCCACAACAAUGUGGACCUCAGCACAUCUACUGUACAUAAUUGGAUUAGGCUAAUCAAGUGUCGAUAUACGGAAAAGUGUCCUUUCCAUUUUAUCCAUAUGUGACGACCGUCAAUCCUUCCCCUGUGUUUUAUUCCAACACAUUGUCGAGGACAGCAAGAAUGAAACACCCGUCACUUCAAAACAAGUCGAUUUGACUAUUUUGUUCGCUUUUGUGUAAACACAGAGAAACAGGCAACUUUUUGGAGGAACAACUGCAAAUGAGAAAGCCCUCAAAGCCAGUUGCCUUGUUGCUGAACUUGUUGCUAAAUUCAAAAAGUCCCACACCGUGGCAGAGAAAUUCAUACUAUCUGCCUGCAAAGUCAUUGUCAGCGAGAGGCUUGGCCCUGAUGAGGUUAACCCUUUAACACCUAAGCCUAUUUUGGCCGAAUUUGCAUGCAUUUUAUGUUGCCUUUAUAUUUCAAAGAAAAAAUUGUUCGCAAUGGCCAAGUCGGGUCCCUUUUUUCAGGACACCUUGAACUUCAUUUCCAAACUGUUGUUUUCUUCACUGACCCAUUAUAAUCCACAUUUUGGACCCAAAAAGACAAAAAAAAUCCCAAAACCUUUUUUCAAAAUUUGUAAUGUUGAUGUCCCAUUGACAACCAAACAUGCUCGACCAACCGUUUUGAAGCUUGAUAAUAUUUAUUCAACUUGUUAGGAUAAACAUUCAAUAGAAAAAAAUAAGAUUGAAUAGUUUUAUGCCUGACAAUUUAACACAAACAGCAGGUAUGGUCAUAGGCGUUUUUGGCCUUUACACAUACUAUGGUCAAAACAGGUUAUAUACAGUGCAAAAUAGUGAGGAAAAAAAUUAUAUACAUCAUAUAACACAAAAAGGGUUUGGAGGAUAUCUGUGAAUGUAAGUGUUGUACCCAUCACCUUAUCAAAAGUAAAUACAUACAUGCAAUCAAGCAUCUCGAACACACAUCUACAUAAAAAUUGAAAAGAUUAUAGUUUAGUUCAAUUCAAAUUUUUCAGGCAUGCGACCCAAUAAUUUUUUUUUUUUUUUGCGCACUCAAUAAAGCUGCUUCUUGAACAGCUCACGGAGCUGCGUCACACAUAACGUCACACAGCCUACUCUUUCGCCGUUUGCGCGCUGCUGUCACUUCUACUCGCCGAGACGCUGACUCAUCCAAAGAAAACAACGACAAAUACGCUUCAUCUUCUUCCUUGAGUUAAUGAAAUAAUGCAUUAGCUUGCGCUAAAUGUAGUUUGAGAUGCAUUCUGCACGUUUCAAAGUCGCUCGCUCAAACCAACCGGCCGUUGCUUGCUUCGCAUGCCUCCCUUUCAUUAGUUGGCGCCUCGCUCGGAAAUUUAUUAAAAAUGAUCACAUUUGGUUCGUCCUUCUUGACAUCACAACAGCUCUUGGGAUAUGUAGUCUUUUGUGCUGCUUUCGGUUUUGAAAAAGGACAAGAAAUGAUGGAAAUAUGGAGAUAGAUACAUGGUCCAUGCAGCAUUUGAAUGCAUGUUUAUGAGUGCAAUAAAACUAUAAAACUCAAAUGACAUUAUCUCCCAUUUUUCUUGGUCGAUUAACAUCAAAUAAAAAGUGGUGUGGACAUCAACUUCCGCACCUUCAAAUGAGACCAACCAGCGGCAUGUGGGUGACGUAAUUACAGCGUGACGAAGCUUCAAAGACGAUAUGCUAAACACGUCUCUGCCGACACGUUUGGUGUUAAAGGGUUAAAGACAUUGCUAAAGUCCCCCUCUCUGGUAAGUCUGAGCUUUUGAAGCCUAACUUUGAUUUUUUUUAAAAUACCGUAAUUUAAGGCGCACCCAUGUAUUACGCGCACCCCAAAUUUACUUGAAAAAAAAAAUUGGGGGAAAUUAUUGUACCUGUUUAUAACGCGCACCCUAAUUUUAGCACCAAUAAAUAGAAGAAUACAAGAAAACAGAGCUCAUGUACAGAUACAGAAAUGUCAUUUUACUGACUGGUGAAACACAGCACAAGCAUAGCACAUUGGUAGUUUAAAACAAUACCGUAAACUGACAAUAUGUACAGUAAUAAUAUGAUCUGACAACUUCUUCAGCUUACCAGAAUCCAGGAGAAAACAAAACAGAUGUGACUUUUUUUUUUUAAAGGCUGCUGUAUAACUUGCACGUUUCAUCAUGAUGAAUAAAUGUUUCUUCCAUGGAUUGAUACGGUACAAUAAAAGUGGUGAUUUAGGUCAGAAAUCAGGCGAGCGCAUCGCUGUUGACUCGAAUGUAACAAUAGGAACUAUUGUUAUUUGGAUUUGAGUUUCCCGAAGGACAGAUAUAGUUGACGGACACAGAAAAUUUGUGUUAUGUUUGUUACAGUCCGAGUUGCGGAGCUGCAAUAAACGUUGACUCAAAUGAGUUCAAGAAACUAAACUCUGCUUUAUGAAGAGUGAAAAAAGCAGAAUUUAACACAGACGAAAUCAUUCGACCAAUCAGAGUGAAGUAUUACCGUGUAGCGAGUUAUAACAGAAUUCACCAGUGGAACUUAUGUUGGUACGUUGUAUAGUUCCAGGGGGGAGGUAUUUUGUUGAGGGAACAGCCGGAAAGAUAGUUAUAUUCCGCGGGUUGCAUGUGAGACAGACAUUGCUACUGUAUUUUGUUGCAGCCUAAAUGUCAAUAAAGCAACGCGGAUUAGCUCCGUUGUUUGAUACUCCGCCUCCGACUCCUUCCCUAGCUCGCCACGACCAAAACAAAAUGGUGACGUCACCGGGGGUGAAAGUGGGCCAGAACGGUCAGGAACGCAGUUCCGGUAUAAGAUUCAGGGCCGGAAUGCUGUUCUGGUACACGGUGCUUUGAUUCCGAAAAUAUGACGGCAACUGUCAAAACGCUAUGUGGAAAAAAAAAUAAAAAUGCUAAGCUGCCACACAUGCAUUUUAUCUCCAAGAAGAAAACAACCUACCAACAACAGAUUUACACACACAAGUGUUAACAACAAGCAUAAAAAUUGCUUGUGUAGGGUAAUCCGUUUCCACCAAUAUUUAUUAUAUAUUUUAUUCCGCGGACGGCAUGGAGGUUUCCCCAGCUGCUGCAGUUAUCUGAGUCUGAUGAUGAUGAGUGACAUCAAUGUGCGAAUGCACGCAGCAAAGCAAAACACCUGGACUCAAUUAUCCGUUCAAUUGGCUGACAUACUGACAUGUGAUCAGCAGAGAUAGUUAGCUCUGAUUGGUUCAAAUGUGCAUGUUUUCUGGAACAGCAAAAAAAAAAAAAAAAAAAAAAGUUGUUGAUUUGAUGUGACAAAAAGGGCAAUGCAACAUAUAAUGGAUCAAAUCAAAGAGCAACGAAAGAGUUGAGGCUUAUUUAUCAUAUUUAGUUUUAUUUGCUCUGAUGGGUAGGUUCAGAACUUCUUAGCUGUCAAUGUGCACUUUGGACUUAUAUUUGUUCAUUUAUAUUAGGCUACUUAUUCAUUUCCUUAUGAUUUAAAAAAGUCAAUGUUUGCGCAAUCUUAAAUAUAUUCCAUUUCACUCUGCAUAAUAAAAGUCAUUUUUACUUAUUUUUCUGAAUGUAUGUUACUUAUAUCCUUAUUAUUAAAAAUAAGAAAAAAAAGUCAAUGUUUACAUUAAAUUCAAUUUUAAUAUACAUCCUAUGUUCUUAAGUAGAUAAAAUUGAGAUUUGGCAUUUAGUAUGUGAGGAAAUGAGGGAAAAUAAAAAAUUAGGAUAUGCUGGUUGGGGUUAUUGCUGUUUUUGUUAACUUUUAUUUUUGCAAAUCAUUGAAAAAAUACAAUUUUGAAUGAAAAUCAGUUUUUGUAUGUGUUAUAGAAACAAAUGUGCUUAAACAGUUUUCUUUGUAUUUCAGUAGUGU